UGACGGUUUGAAAUUCAGGCGGGCGAAGGCGGAAGAGAAGAGGAAACGAUAACAACAACAAAAGUGUCUCUGUUAGCCUGAACACAGCAGAUAUUCUGCUCCAAUGGAUAUAUAUUAGCUUUUAGUUUCAUCUAAUCUUCAAAACUUCUGUUUAAAGUUGUGAGUAAAGCAGCUGAAGCUAGCUAGCUAGCUAACUCGUAGUUUCAUUGUGUUGUUUUGUUUUUAAGCUAGCAGCAGACAUGUCGUUAUUCAGUGUCCAGGCGAGGAAACACACAGCUUAUUAUGAUCAUUUAAUGUCAACAUCAGCAGCCAGGACCCCGGGGAGGGAGAGGAAAGCCUCAGACAAAAGUGAGCUGACAUCCGGAGACUCCACAUGUGAAGACAGCAGGUCCUCAGAUAAAACCAGGACCCAGGUGAACCGGACUUAUGUCAUAUCUGCUCUGUCAAAGAGUGGGACCCCUUACAGAGGCAGGCUCACCCUGCAGAGGAGGUCCAGGAGGAAAACCGGGGCUGAACCAGCUGAAACGAUGCCUGAGAGCAGCCAGGACACCACACCAGCCCCUGAGAAGAGACUGACCCUCCAGCGCAGGACCAGGACUCCCUCUAUGGAUAAAAGCUCGCUGAGGCAGAGGGGGGUCAGCGGUGCAGGUCUGCAGCAGACCCAGAAGAUCCUCAGUGAACCAAACGGUAGGACACCUGCUGUGUUCAGGUCUAUAAGUUUAAGGGAAUCUGCCUUGAAGAGCAGAGGAGGGGAUACUACUCCUCACGUGGAGGCUCAGGGGAGACUUGGGAGCAGGAGGACGCCCACCUUUGUGUCCUUAGACCAGGCCCAGACCUGUAAAACCCCCACCAAGAAGACCCCGUUUGAGAGAAUCGCAGCUAAGAGGGAUGUGUUUGAGAGACUGGCAGGUAAAGAAACACCUAAACCAGUCACAGUGAAGCAUUCAACUCUAGAGAGGCCUAAACCCAGACCUCAGCAGGCAGAGGACCUGAAGCCAGUCCCUGCUCCUAUUCCUGCUCCUCGCUUCAGCAAAGCAUCUGCAGGUGUGCUCAAACCCAGCAUAGCUCAACAGGAGAGGAAGACCUCCGCCUGGAGCCAGAAGGAAGUCAUGACACAGGCAAGGACCUCUAAUCCUGGACCCACAGAGCAGCCAGUGUCCCGUCCCAGUGAGGCCCUGAAGAGGCUGGAUCUGUCUAAGAUGGAGAACAGUGCAGUGACUGUGGCUGUGCGUGUGCGCCCAUUCAGUGUCAGGGAGAGGACAGAGAAGGCACUACAGGUCAUCUUCAUGAACGGUCAGGAGACGGUCGUCCAGCACCCGGACUCCAAACAGAGCUACUCCUUCAACUACGACUUCUCCUUCUGCUCCGUGGACGAGUGUGACCCCGCCUUCGCCAGCCAGCAGACGGUGUACGAGACCCUCGCCAAGCCUCUGCUCCUGAGGGCCUUCGAAGGGUUCAACACUUGUCUGUUUGCGUACGGCCAAACGGGCUCUGGGAAGUCAUAUACGAUGAUGGGCUUUGGAGAAGAGGCAGGAGUCAUCCCGCGAUUCUGCCAGGAGCUUUUUACAAGAUUGACAUCCAUGGAGGAUGAAGAGGUGAAGUGCCAUGUGGAGAUGAGCUACUUUGAAGUGUACAACGAGAAGAUCCAUGACCUGCUAGUGACCAGAGAUGAGCCAAACCAGAGGAGGAUGCCUCUGAGGGUGAGGGAACAUCCAGUCCACGGCCCGUACGUUGCAGACCUCUCUGCGAACAUCGUGAGCUCUUACAAUGACAUUCAGGGAUGGCUGAAGCUGGGCAACAAGCAGAGAGCCACUGCAGCCACAGGAAUGAACGACAAGAGCUCCAGAUCUCACUCUGUCUUCACUUUGGUGAUGACCCAGACUCAGACUGAGUUCGUGGAGGGAGAGGAACACGACCACAGCAUCACCAGCAGGAUCAACCUGGUGGACCUGGCAGGAAGUGAACGCUGUAACUCUGCUCAGACCAGUGGAGACAGACUCAGGGAGGGCGCCAGCAUCAACAAAUCCCUGCUCACCCUGGGUAAGGUCAUCUCUGCCCUGUCAGAACAGGCGCUGAGCAGGAAGAAGGUCUUCAUCCCGUACAGAGAGUCUGUCCUUACAUGGCUGUUGAAAGAGAGCCUUGGUGGUAACUCCAAGACGGCCAUGAUCGCCACUCUGAGCCCAGCAGGCAGCAACGUGGAGGAAAGCCUCAGCACUCUGCGGUACGCCCAGCAGGCCCGCACCAUCAUCAACGUGGCGAAAAUCAACGAGGACACCAACGCCAAGCUGAUCAGAGAGUUGAAGGCUGAGGUGGAGAAGCUGAGAGCAGCCCAGAUGAGCUCCCAGGGCAUCGAACCAGAGCGGGUCCGGCUGUUUGAGCAGGAGAUCACCGGCCUGAGGAACAAGCUCUGUCAGCAGGAGAGAGAGAUGGUCGAGGCCAACAAGGCGUGGAGAGAGAAGUUCGAGCAAGCUGAAAUCCGCAAACGUGAAGAAACAAAAGAGUUGCAAAAAGCAGGCGUGUCUUUCAAAGUGGACAACCGUCUUCCUAACCUGGUGAACCUGAACGAGGACCCUCAGCUCUCUGAGAUGCUCCUCUACAUGAUCAAAGAGGGGCGGACCACCGUGGGCAAGCUCAAGUCUGAGUCCAGGCAUGACAUCCAGCUGACGGGAGCCCUCAUCGCUGACCAGCACUGUAUUAUAAAGAGCAUCCAGGGAACAGUCAGCAUCACUCCAAUGGAAAACGCCAAAACCUUUGUCAAUGGAAACCUUGUGUCUGAAUCUACUGUGCUCCACCAUGGUGACAGGGUCAUCCUCGGCGGAGACCACUACUUCCGCUUCAACCACCCAGCACAGGUGCAGUCUGGGAAGAGGGUGUCCUGCUGGACAGGCGCAGGCGACGGCCACAAGGACUUUGAAUUUGCUAAAAAUGAAAUGCUCGCCGCUCAGAGAGCUCAGCUGGAGGCGGAAAUUGAAGAGGCGCAUUUGAAGGCGAAAGAGGAGAUGAUGCAGGGAAUCCAGAUGGCGAAAGAAGUGGCCCAGAAGGAGCUUCAUGACCAGAAGGCUUUGUAUGAGGACAGAAUCAGAGGCCUGGAGAGAGAGCUGGAUGGGGAGACUGAGCGGAAGCGUCGGCAGGAGUUGGACCAGCAGAAGGUGGCCAGUCAGAUGGCCGAGCUGAAGAUGGCGAAGCUGGGACUGGAGCAGGAAGUGGACACCCAGAAGAAACGCCUUCGCCUGCACAUGGAGGCUCAGGCCAUGGAGGAUCACCGCGUGCGUCAGGCGAGGAUCGUAGAGGCCCUGGAGGCGGAGAAGAGGAAGAUCAGCAAAGAGGUGGAGGAGAUGCAGAAGAAAAGAGCUCUGAGGGAAUACAACACUGCCAGACAUGUCUCUCCUCACUGGGAUACCAUGAAGUUGUCUCUGAUGAUUGAAGAAGCCAACAAGAUCAGUUCCAAACUGAAGAAAAAGACAGUCUUCAGCAGACAUGAAAGCUCUGACGAUGGAAACCAGGAGAACGCUGGUCUGCUGCAGGUCCGGGUUCAAAACACAAAACUGGGGAUCUCGACUUUCUGGAGUCUGGACAAGUUCCAAAACAACAUGGCCGCCAUGAGGGAGAUCGAGCAGGGGGAUCCCACCUCUAAAGAUGACGAUGUGUUUUACGACCCCGAUGAUGAGUGGGAGCAAGAUAUAUCGGCCUCCUCUGCUUCCAGCUCCUCCUUCUCCCGUCGAAGCAGGAUGUACAGUGUAUGGAAAGUUGAAAGGAGCCGAAGCUUGCUGAAGAGCAGGAGAAUCUCCGGGCGCCUGUACGAGAUCCGGGUCCAUCCAAUCCAGAGCCUCCACAGCAGCUCCUCACAGUCUGCUGGUUUGAUGGGCCCCAUUAAACCACCAUCCAGCCACUCCGGCAGCACAGACUCCUCCAUGCCCGGCAUCUGCAAGGAGCUGAUUGGCCAGUCGUUGGCUCGUCUGCGUAGCUGCAGCGUGACAGAGGAGAGCAUGGCAGACAGGUUGGCCUCUGAUCUGCACUUGAUCUACACGGCGAUCCAGACCAUGUCUGACUUAUACAACAGCCUGGAUGAUGACAGCCAGGAGAACGUGUUUGUGUGUAACUUGGCGGCCCAGACUCAUCUGGUCAAGGCCACCACGGCCGCAGAGACUGCUGUGUUUGUGACCACGCAGUGGCUGGCCAGCAUUAAACCCUCAUCCGGUCCACUCUACACCAUCGCCGAGGAACUCAAGAGCCAAGUGAAGAGGAUGGGAGGUUUCUUCCAGCUGCUCGUUCAGGGUUGUGAAUCUGAGAUCACAUCCAUGGUGACAGAGGCACAAAGGAAGAGCAGUCGGUGUUUGGACGCGGCGCUGCUCGCACUCGGCCACCUGGCGGCGAUGACGGGGAUGCCGCUGAAUGCUAUGGAGCGGGCUGCCCAAGCCACAGGCAAGCAAUCCAUCAUCACAUAUCUGCUGAAAGGGACCAGUAAGGGCAUCUACUCUCUCCUGGAGGAGAGCCUCAUCAUCACCAGAGAGAUGCUGAGGGACGCUCAGCUGGCUUACCCCAGGAACCAGGUCUUGCAGGGCUUAAAAUCCAAGACACUUGAUUUAGCCCGUGCUCUGCAGAACUACAUGCACUGCCAUGUUACGGAGAGCCAGACUGACCCGGAGGGAGAGGAGGGAGAGGAGGGAGAGGAGGAGGAGGAGGCCUCAGCUUCCCGUCUGCAGAGACUGACGACCACAGCGGCAAAGCUGUUCCAGCUGAUACAGGCCAUCAGACAUCUGCAUUCCUCUGUGUCGACGGCACUGCAAGGAAACGAGCGAGCCUCUGAUCUCAGCAGCAGCAGCAGAGAGUCUCUCUCUUCCUCUGCGAAGGCUGUGGAUGAGCUGCUCACUGAUAUAUCCGAGGAGGGAGCGUUGGCGCUGGCCGUGCGGCUCCCCUGCUCCGAGAGCGUCAUGGCCGCACGAGACGACCUCCACUCGGCCCUGCUGUGUCUGUCCUCCUCCUGGAACCAACAUGAGACAGGAGAGAACAGGAACUCUGCCUCCUCUGAAAAGAGCACAGAGGAUGAAAUGUUAACCCAAAGUAACACUAGCUCUCACAGUGCUGUUAGAAACCGAGUCGUGAGUAAGGUCGUGUACUCUCUUCCUGCAGGGGCGUCGUUCAAAGGCAGCCCUCACUGGGUGUGAUGAGUCUUUCUGUAUGUGCUGAUAUCACACACCUUUCACUCCUGCUGAUUACACACAGACUCUCUGAGUGUCACCUUACAAGUUUAUAAGGAAUGAGCUGCUUUCACUCCAGCACUGCUUUCUGAAUAUAAAACUAUAACACAUGUGGGUAAAUUAAAGCAAUGUCUAGUAAUGAUUGGCUUAGAGUGAAAAGAGAACUCAUCAUGUAGCAGGUCUCUCUGUUGUAUUUAUUUCAGGGGCCGUGAAAUGUUCUUUAUAAUUUCAUAUGUCUAAGGUUUGAAGCAGCUCUGGUACCGUUUUUUAAAAAGAUAACAGAAAGAUUUCUUUCUGUAUUUAACUGAUGUGAUUUUUGUUUUUUGUUCUCAUGUUUGCAUAAAGUUUUGCUCUAUGUUGUGUAACACCUCCUGCUACAAUUUGCACUUUGGAGAAACGUGUGUGUGCUCUGUUUCUUCUUAAUACAAAUACUUAAACAAA